UCUCUCCCUCUCUCCAAAUUCAUAUAAACUUCACUUAGCUUUUACACAAACAAACAAACACACACACAGUGUGAAAUAAAAGAUGGCAAAAAAGGCUUCGCCAUACGAGAUCGAGGUGACCGUCAUUUCGGCGGAGGGUUUGCGGCUGAGCCGAAACCAGCCCGUGAAAAACAACUCGUACGUCGUCGUAAGAUCCGACCCGUUCAGCACCCGGAAAACGGGUAUGGAUCGCGACGGCGGGAGCUACCCUGCAUGGAACGAGAAGCUGCAGAUGGAGCUGCCCGCCACUGCCCGUUUCCUCACGGUGGAGGCGCAUUCGGGCAGCAGCCUCGUCGGGGCGGCCAACAUACCCGUCUCCGACUUCGCCGCCGCCUUUUUGCCCCGUAACUACUUGAACUUCUUGAGUUAUAGGCUCAGGGAUGCCCGUGGCGGCAAGAAUGGGAUACUCAAUUUGUCGGUCAGGGUCACCCGCCGCCCCGGCCCCACUGGCUCUGCAGAGCCGUGGCCCGGGGUUCCCGUCGCGGCGGAUGGGAAAGCCGGGGUUGUGACGGGCAUUCCGGUUGGAAAAAGUAAUCAUGUGUAAAUCAAGAUAGCUAGAUAGAUAUAUUUGGAUAUGUGCUCAUGAUGAUAUCCUGAAAAUAUUGGGAUUAUCUAUAAUUAAUUCAUUAUGAAUUAAAUCGGAUGUAUAUAAGUUGGACAAUGGUGCGUUUGUUUUGUUUUUGUUUUUUUUAUUAUGAUGAUCGAGAACAUGGUUGGGAACUUGGUUUAAUUUU